CGUGGAUAAGUGACUUAAUCUUGAUAAUGGGAAUACAUAUUUUGUCGUUUAACUGCGAACUAUAAACCUGUACGUGUGUCUGAAUGAUAUAUACAUUUUUAUACAAAUAGAUGGAAAAAUUGUUCUUACGAUUUAUAUAUAAAACAUACGACAUAAAUAUUAAAAAACUACAUAAACAACAUGACAAAAAAUAGUCGACCUACAAACAGGAUCGACAAGUCUGAACGCACACAUCAACUAACGCGCCUUGAUAUAGGGAAAUCGAAAGUAGUACAACAAAGACAUCUCAUAAUGACUGCGAUGUUUGAAGCAUCUCAAAAUAAAGGAUCAGAUCUAUUUUACGACGUGAGUUGUUCAGUGUGCGAAGAUGAAGGCAUAACCAAGGAAGGAUCAUUUCAUUGUCAGAAUUGUUCCAAAUCAUACUGCGAUAAAUGUGUGGUAAUGCACAACAAACUAUUGAAAAAUCACUCAGUAAUAUCAAAAUGUGAUAGUGACAACUGGCCUGUUUCCACGACGUGGGGCAAAACUCUGGAGUUAUGUGAGGAGCACUCUGCUGAGAAACUGACGAUGUUGUGUGAAGAUCACGAGACGCUGCUCUGUCAAGUAUGUCACCUCCGAAAACAUAAGCAAUGCAGACAGGUAGUUCUAUUGAUUGACAAGGUUAAAUCAUCAACACGGCGUAUGAACGUAGCUCAAAUGACAAAAACAAUUGAACAGUCACAGACAAGGUUACAGGAAAUAUUGGACAUAGAAAUAAAGAACAUUUCAAAACUUCAAGUGUCGUACGAACAUAUUUUGGAAGAAAUACGUGAUGCACGUCGACAUAUUUACGAGAAUCUUGACCGGCUUCAGCAAAACACAAUAAGAGAAUUGGAAACAAUACAUGCGAGCUUAAAUGCCUAUUUAGAAGAUAACACCAAACGAUGCUUAGAAUUUAUUUCAAAGCUAAAUGGAUAUGGCACACAACUUAAAGAUAAUAUGUCACCCGAACGGUCGUUUAUUACGUUUAGAAAAUGUCUUGAUGAAAUCGCAGCAACAGAAUCACUCAUAAAAAGCAUGAAACAAAAUGAUGCAAUGGAAAUUAAACACCAGCCUAACCAUAUAUUAAACGAAUGUCUUGAAGAAUGCACUGAUCUUGGGAAAAUCACCAGUUGCAUAGGCGAACCACAACACGAUGUUGAUCCAAACAAGAUUGUAUGUAUUCAGGACAUGUCACAAUAUAAUGUUCAAACUGAUAACAUGAACUGUAACAUAACUGAUAUGUGUGAGGCGCCCGACGGGGAAUUCGUCAUUUUGGAUUACACCAACUGUUGUGUAAAACUACUAGAUCAGGCGUACAGGGUGGUUGAUCAAUUAAAGCUACCUACUCCUCCGUGGUCCAUGUGUAACAUUAACUUGUUCGAGGUGGCGGUGACUGUAAGCGAAUAUGAUGCUGAUGCUCUUAACGGGAUUCGUGUCUUACUUGUAGAUAACAGAGAGAUUAUACAGAUAAAGGCACUUAAAAUGGAUCAUGUCUGUAGAGGAAUUGCAUAUCACAAUACCGAUCUGUUUGUUACCUCCGGUACAGCGUUAUACCAAUACACAAUUGAUGGACGGUUUGUUGAGAAGUUAUACGAAGACAGUUCUGGAGAUAACACAGUUCUAGACGUUGGAGUAAGCCCUGAUGGUAAAAGGAUCUACUUGACAGACAAUGCCAAUGACAAGAUUUGCAUAUUGACCAGGGCUGGAGCAGUCACAGCCACGCUUCAGGAUGGUGCAUUCAAAAAUUGCUAUGUCACAGCUAAUUUACACGUAGCAGCCACAGGACAGGUUUUCGUCGUCGGCGACAAAUCCAUAAGUCAAGUUGAUACAGUCGGCAAGACAAUCCUCAAUACCAUCUCUGUUGACAGUCCACAACCUGCAUCUGUCUACUUCAAUACACACAAACGAACACUUCUAGUUGGAUUUUGGAACAACGACCACAUCAUAGAAUUCAAAACCACAAUAAUCUGAUACAUUUACCCCUUUACUGAAAAUAUAGGCAAAAUAGGUGAACAAGUGCAAAUAUAGGAAGCUAUAAGAAUCAUAACAUCAUAUAUACAUUUAGUCAUAUAUUAACCGCAUUUUAUGGUUAAUAUUUAUUUUAACUUUUGUAAUCAAAAUCGGUUUGUUCCAAUCCUCGAAUAAAAUGAUAUUUUUAUAGGAGCGGAAUUAAUUUAGUGCGUGUAAUGUACUUUCAAUUUACGGUUUUGAUGUUAUUUACAUGAAAUUUAGCAUUGAACUGCAUGUUUGUUUUGUAUGUAUUUUACGUGUACAGACUGUAACAAAACGUUACGUAUUAUGUACUUAUUUCAUUCAGAUUAUAUUUCUUAUUUUUAUUUGAAAUGUUUCCUAAUUUAAAUCAAAUCAGUCCAUAUAAUUGUUUUUGUGGGAAUGUGGCAUGUGCAACACAGAAUGUUAUUUUAAACUGAAUGAUAGUUAAAUGUCGAAGAUAACAUAAACGUAUAUGUACAUAUUUGUUGAUUAGAUAAUUAUAAUUUCAUGUAACAUAAAUAUAAUAAGAUACACACAAACAAUAGACAAACCUUGUUUUAGCUCAUCUGUGCAUAAAGUGCUCAAUAUGAAAUAUUGUGUUCACCUCACGUCAGAUGUUAGUCGUCGUCUGGUGAGGGGUAAGGUAUGCGGAGAGCGUAGUGAACUUCAAAUGUGUGUCCGCUCAUUAUGCCACAUUUUUCAUCAAUAUUGAUGAGACUGGGUCAACAUAAAAUUAUAUUUAUCUAAUCAACAAAUAUGUACAUAUACGUUUAUACGGACAUUAUAUUGGCCGAGUUUGAAUCUAGGUUACGUAGGUAAAAAAAACUAAGUCACCAGAUCAAAUUAAAAAAACCCUUCUUUCUACUCUUUGUUUGUCGGAACGUGUAUCGGAAGUUUUAUGUUAGUAAGUCAAACUAUUAACAAUAUAAAGAAGUGAAACAAAUCACGUUAGCCAAAGUAGUAUAGACUUGAAUGACUAUAUUGUGUAUACAAGUUUUAAUUCAAUAUUUACAAAUGAAUGUGUUCCUAUUGGGAAGAUCAUAUACAAACGGUAUGCUCAUAAUCAUAUACGUUGUCAUAGACAGUUUUCACAUCUCAUCGAUGUAUUUGUUUUGUUAAUUUACUUACUGAUUUCAUAUCGCUGAUUUUGCUAUCUCAAUGUGACUGGUGUCCUUUUCGUUUCAGAUGUUCACAAAAUUGUAUUGUAAUAUGUCCAGUUUGCGUCAGUAUAUCAUAUAAAGCUAAGUGAAGUAGGCAUGUCUGUCAAAUUUAGACUAUAGGCGCAAAUUCUUCGUUUUGUUUUACUCUAGUGCAAUUAUUUACUCUAGUACACAAUCGCUGAUUUUGCUAUCUAAAUGUGAAUGAUGUCGUUUUCUAUUGAGAUGUUCACAGAAGUUAUUGUAAUAUGUCCAGUUAUUGUCAGUAUAUCGUAUAAAGGCGAGGUAAAGUAUAAAUGUCUGUCCAAUUAAGGCUAUUCACGCAACUUUAUAGUUUUGUUUUACUCUAGUUCAAUUAUUUGAUUCCGUCUUUUGUAUAGUGAACGUGCUUGUAUAGUCCUCCAUUAAUGGAAUUUAUUACAUAAGUAAUACAGCUAAAAUCCUUCAAUUUGAGUUAGGCAUGGAAAUACCGUAUACAAGUACGUUGCAACAAAAUAAAACUUUGUGAGUUUAAAUAGACGAAGAUUCUGGAUAUUUAACAAGUGUUUUGUCUUUGUUUUCGAUUUAUAUUUCAACUUGACUGUGCGGCUGUUUAUUCGUUUACACGCGUCAGUACAUGAAUUAGCGUGAUUGUGUCUUUUCUCAUAUACAUGUACUAAACUUCCAUAGAAACGUUUAACACUUGUUAGAUUAUACGAUAUAUUGUUAAGGUAUUUGUAAAGUUCAUCGAUUGAUACAUUUCUAAUAUUUCUGCAAUAACAACUUACUAUAUACAUGUACUUUUCAUAACCAUUAUGUUUAAAAGUAGAAAAUGAUAAGGUUCAUAAGAACUAAAAAGUAAUGCUAUGAUACGCUAACAUUUUAUAUAUCGUUACUAUUAAAAGUAACACAAUCGAAGUCGCGAGCGGACCGUUUUGCACAUAUUGUACAUAUUGCAAGUCAAUAUGAUCAUUUUUCACAAGAUCAGAAUGGCUUAAUUGGUAAAGCAACCCAGGCCGGUAUCAUUAGAUGGGUCAUGGGUGGUUUCGGGUUCGAAUCCCGAUCUGACCUUCGUAGGUAAACUUGUGGCUGCAAGGCUGGCAACUGAUAGUGUGACAAUCUGUUUUCCUUUUAUAUGGCCCAUUUGUUGUUUAAUUGCUGAUUUAGAUAAAAUAAUAAAUAGUUCAUUUCCUUAUUUUUUUAUGCCAGUCUUUAUGAACUCCACAUUCUUCUGCUAGGAAGUGCCUUCAAUAAUUUAAUUCAAAUAUUAUCUGUAUUACAGUUUUUUGUUAGUUUCUUCUACUAAACAUAUUAUAAUUAAUAGUGCUGAGCAAUUAUAUAUUACAGACCAGCCACUUAUAUCACAUGUUAAGGCUAGAAUUAGUUUUCCUUCAUACUUUUGAUUUGUACUCCAUUGUUAUUGUUAAAAUGCCCCUACUUCCGGUUAGAAGGUAGACAUUUGUUUCUUCAAGUUAAUGUCAUUAUUUAAGAAUUCAUACAAAAUAAGUAGCAGCUAUCAAAUUUUAAUCCUAUUGUGCAAAUUUCUGUCAAUUUUUAACAGUAAGAAUUGUGUACAUCCAUAGCCUUUUGACUUUAAAUUGUCACACUUGUUCCUUUGAAAUCGACAGGAUCCAUCUUGAUUUUUACUGUGCCCAUUGAUAAGCAACUUAUGUCAAGCCGAUUUUAAAAGUCCUUGAGUAUCAUUUUGUAUUUGCAUUAAUUGUUAAAGUUCUGAAAUGAAUUCAAUUCAAGGCAGAAAACGCUCCUUUGAGGUAUUAUUAUGUUGUUAUAUUUUGUUGCACAUUUUAAAGUUGCUUCAACGUUACAAAUUUUCUUUAGGGGAAUCCGGGUAAAUUCGGACGAUUUUUGCACUCCGUAAAGAAGCAUAUGUCGCAAACGGUUUUGUGUAUUUUACGACUUCAAUAUUUGCAAGUAGCCUAAAUAAAUACCGUAUCUCUGACUUAAACGUUACAUUAUAUGAUAGUAAGCCUAACAGCGAAAAAUAUACGAAGAUCAACAGGUUUAUUUAUAUAUUUUGUACAUGUCAAAAACAAUGAAAUACAAAUCAUAAUUUCA